AGCAAGGCAACUGAUUGGUUUUCGAUGUGUCCAGCGAUGGGAGAGAUGGGGCGACAAGCGCACUUGGCCAAGAAGCACACAACAAGCACACAACCCACACAAAGACAAACGAGCAACCUCAACACAGACAAAGGCAUCGACACGCCACCAUCUCACCAGCUCACUAUGGAUCAGACGCUGGCGAAGCAGCUGGAGGCCAGCAACCUCAAGGAUGCUGCAAAGAAGACCGUUCGAGACAUGGCCACGAACGGCAGCAACACCCACGUGAUCCUGAGUGGAAUGAACAUUGAUGACGCAGGUGUCAACGUCAUCGCAGAAGCCCUCCGACACAACGAUCGCAUCACUUGGCUGGACUUGGCCAACAACAACAUCACGACAGCCGGCGUCAAGGCCCUUGCACGAGUGCUGUUAAUCCACCCCCGCCUCACCACCCUCUCACUGGCCAGCAAUGAUGUCGACGAUGACGGCGCUCUCUGCCUGGCAGAUGUACUGCGGAAGAAUCCUCGCCUCUCCAUAAUCUCGCUGCACCACAACCGAAAGAUCACCCACCGUGGACGCGAAGCGUUGCGUCAAGUGGAGGCUUCCGGCUCGGAAGUCAGCCUCGACAUCCGAGGCUGGCACCUGACACUCCUUCGCCGCACCUCGCCGCUUCCUUGCCCAAACCCAACUCCGAGCCCCAGCAGGCGCAAGAUGGUCGAUUAA